UUUGCAAACCCGUACCCGAAUGCUGAUGCUUUUGAACUCCCAAGCCUUAUUAGCAGCUAGCAAAAACCACCCCCAAAAACCCUUCCCUAAACCCUAAUUCUAAUUUAUACCCAACAGAAGACGAAAGUCUAAAACUUGAAUAUCAAUGGCACCAAAUGAUAAAUCCCAGACAUUAAAGAAGAGGAAACGAAUUGCAGGAAGUAAAGAUGAUGCAACAGAAAUCUCCAAUUUUAAGAAGAAAUCCAAACAGCUCGGUAAACCCGUUUCUGGAAAAUCCGUUUCUGGCAAACCUGUUUCUGGGAAACCCGUCAAGAAGAAACCAGAGAUUCAAGCCAAGGAUGGUCAAUUGUCCAAGAGAGAGCUUCUUAAGGUUGCCAAGGAGAGAGCAGAGGCGAGGAAGAAGAAGAGAAAGCGUCAUUUUACACUUGAGCAAGAGCUUGCUUUAUUAUGGGAGAAAAUGAGACGGCGUAAUAUUUCCAAGGAAGAAAGAUCAAAGUUUGUAUCCGAGGCUUUGGAGAAGAUGAAGGGUAAAAUUCCAGAAAUUGCCGGCUCCCAUAUCUCAUCACGUGUAUUGCAGACAUGCGUUAAGUAUUGCUCAGAUGCUGAGAGAGAUGCAAUAUAUGAGGAACUGAAACCACACUUACUUACUCUUUCCGCAAGCCCCUAUGCUGUACAUCUAGUGACCAAAAUGUUUGACAAUGCUUCUAAAUCUCAGCUACCAAAGUUAAUUUCCCUACUUCAUGGGCAUGUUGCUUCACUUUUAAGACAUAGUGUGGGUUCCAUUGUUGUUGAGCAUGCAUAUCAAAUGGGAAAUGCAACUCACAAACGAGAGCUUUUGAUGGAACUCUAUUCUACUGAGCUCCAAUUGUUCAAGGAUUUGGCAAAUAUGAAAGAGAACAAGAUAAUUGACUUAAUGUCUAAACUAGGGCUUAAAAAGUCGUCUGUUUUGCGUCAUAUGUCUACUGUGCUUCAGCCAGUCCUGGAGAAAGGAAUAGUUGAUCACUCCAUCAUUCAUAAAGCUUUGCUUGAGUUUUUAAGCAUUGCUGAUAAGUUAUCGGCAGAGGACAUCAUAAAGCAACUAUCUGGAGCACUUCUUGUUCGGAUGAUUCACACCAAGGAGGGAUCAAGAAUUGGGAUGCUCUGUGUCAAGCAUGGUAGUGCUAAGGAAAGAAAGAAGCUUGUUAAGGGAGUGAAGGGACACGUCGGCAAGAUUGCUCAAGAUCACUGUGGAAGCUUGGUUCUGGUCUCUGCUCUAUCAAUUGUUGAUGACACAAAACUUGUUACAAAGAUUAUCAUUCGUGAACUACAGCCGAUCCUGAAGGAACUUGUUUAUGAUAAGAGUGGGAGGCGUCCAAUUUUGCAGCUACUGCAUCCAUAUUGUCAACGAUAUUUAAGUCUUGAUGACUUGGCUUCUUUGAAUGCUUCUAUUCCUUCGCUCUCCGCAAAGGAAGUUGAGGAUGAUGAAAAUCACGGCGAGGAUAAGUUAGCUGAAUCUAAAGAUUAUGGUGAAGGUGAUGAGAAGGAAGUCGAUGAACACAUGGAAGCUGAGGAAGACAUUCACUUGGUCAAGGGAGGUAAAAAGGAUCCUUUUGUCAGGAGGCAAGAGUUGCUGGUGAAAAGCGGGCUUGCUGAGAGCCUUGUUGAUGUCUGCAUUGAGAGCGCAGAAGAAUUACUCAAAUCGAAUUUUGGUAGAGAAGUUCUGUAUGAGGUUGCUACUGGGGGUGUUGACAAUAUUCUUCGUCCAACUUUGGAUGAUAAAUUGACGAGCCUAUAUGAGAAAAUGGCAACACUUGCAGCCGAGCCAAAAUCAGAAGAAUCAGAACAUGUUCUUGAGAACUUCCACUCCAGUAGAACCAUCAGAAAACUUGUGUUGGACUGUCCAGACUUUGCCUCAAUUCUAUGGAAAACAGCGCUAAAUGGGAAUUCAAAGAUAUGGGCAGAAGGUCACAGCGCUAAGGUUGUUGCAGCAUUCAUGGAGUCAUCAGAUCCGAAGGUUAGGGAGUUGGCAAGCAAAGAGCUGCAGCCUCUAAUAGAUGGCGGUGUUCUCAAAAUUCCUGAGACUAAACCAUUAGAGAAAUAGGGUUUACCUUCACUACCAUUCUACAAUGGGAAAAACCCAACUAUUAUUCUACAGUAUCCUGAAGAACUGCUCGCUCAUACGAAGGUGGUUUUAUGGAUAUGACACAACGAUAAGCGUCCGAAGCUCAAGAAUUUGUCCAGUUGGUUUUAGCAGUUGUACCCUGAAAUUUUGAUCUGGUGGUGUAUAUUUUGAGAUAAUUAUGUAGUUUUUUUACAAAAGUCUUACAAACUUGUUCCGUCUUGAAUUCUAUAUAAGAAAAUGAAAAAGGAAGCCAUCUAAGAAUUUCCACAUCAUUUUGGUACAAUUUCA